UGACUCGGUAGCCACGCCCCCUCUGUUUGACAUCACGCUCCUGCCAGCUCUGCGCAGUUCGCUCGAAACGCAUCGUAUGUGCGUUGUAUCACGUAGUAUGCUUCACCUUCGCGCGCAGUUCCCGUCGCGCGCCUCAUUAUGAAGUGCGCGUUUUGUAAAAAAUAGCCUCGGAGGAUCGUCAGAUGCGUCGUAAACCUAAACAAGACCGACUUUCCUGGUGAGACAAUGCAAACGCGAACUUGAACUUCUUCCUUGUAAUUCCCAGUCAUUGACUAGCACACGUUUGCGCUGGCAUUUUGCAGCUUUGAAAGCCUUGAAAUGUCACACGAGGUAACUCUCUCUAACAAACAUGGCCUGGUCUUUGGGAUGUUGCCAUAAAGACACACCCCUCGAAGAGAUGAACGCUGACCUAUUUUUUACCGCAGUAUCAGAUGGCUCAAAAGAAAGUUCCACGCCGAUUUUGCAGGACGCGUCCCGCUCAAAACUGGACAGCGCCAAGAGGCCGGUUAAAAUUCGUCCGCCGAGCCCAAAGGUCGCCCCGAGGCAGACAGCGGGCCGCAGCCUGUCGUGUGAACCACCGACCAAAUCCAUCAUCCAGAGGCGCACGCAGUCCCUCCCGUCGCCUUCGGAGCGUCGCAGGCUCAGCCGCCGGGCCGGCGUCCGCUUCGUGGACUCCUUAGGGCUGGACCUGGAGAAUGUCAAGGUGUUCAAAAGCGGAGAGGACCCGUUCGUCCCCGAGCAUGUUCUCUUCAGACUCUUAAUGAACGCGGAGUUAGCCUCGAGUAAGAGGAUGGAGAUUUCCCUGCCGUAUUUGAAACCGAUGUUCUCCGUCCAGCCGGGGGACUGUCCCGACUUCGCAGAGCGCCUGCGUCGCCAACAGGUGUCUCUGGAGCGGGUCCUGUGCUACGAGCCUGGCAUCAUAGGGAUCGUUCAGGUUGUAAACUUGGCGUUUGAGAAGGAAGUGGAUGUGCGCUACUCGUUCACAAACUGGAAGAGCUGCUCGGAAACCAAGGCCUACUGGGUCGCGAGCAAAUCCGUCUCGGGCGGGCCCUGCUGUGACACUUUUCGAUUUCAUUUACCCGUUCCUCCGUACAUCCUUCACCCUGGAGCGGUGCUGGAGUUCGCUGUUCGUUAUAAAGUAAUGGGCAUGCAGUUUUGGGAUAACAACGGUGGGCAGAAUUACAGAUUAACCUGUCAGAGUUAUAACCUUCCCGUGCCGAAGGAGUGUGAAGACAGCAUGAUACACUUCAUCUGAGGACGCUGAUUUUUAAAGCACUGUUUCACUUUAUAUUUUGCUUGCAUACUCACUGUGCAAUAUACACUUCUGAAAGCCUUGCCGUGGUGUAUUUCAUUUGUGAUUAAGCCAUAUGAAACGUGAGAUGUUUAACUAAGAUUUUGACAGCUCGACUGAAGCACUGAGAGUAUUACUGUAUAGUAUAUAUGUAGAUUUAAAAAGUGCCUUUACUGUAUUUUUUUACAUUUCAGGUUUGCACUUGCGUGAGGAUGUUAUUGUCACUAUGUGGUACAGUUUCAUGAUACUUGUGGAUGUUGUAAAUGCAGGUGUUGGUAGAAUACGUAAGGAUGGGUAAAAAAACUAAUCAGUAAUUCUUUACUGCAUCACACUGUCCUUCUAAUAAAACCUUCGAAAUAAAGCCAAAUGUAGGCACAAACUGCUGUUUAUAAAGUGAUGCUGGGGUUAUAUUUUUGUAGGAACUGAAUUAACAUUUUAGCACUUUGGAUGUCAUGCUGAAGUCAGGUGGUUUCUAGAAAAUCCGACUGGUGUGUAAAAAUUGUGCACAAAUGCUUUUAAAACAGCGCUUUUGUCAAAAUAACCAGGCUUAUGCAAACUAUACUGGCUUGAAGUAUGAAAAAUGUCAUCACUUCGGCAUUGUUUUUUUUUGUUGUUUUUGUUUUUAUGUGUGUGUUUUUAUUGUAUGUUCAGUGUGUUAGUGCCAUGAUUAAGGUUAUAACAACAAUUUAUAUUUACAAUAAACGAUACUAAAAA